CGGGAAGCUCAUGGGUUCUCGAUUCGCUGCCUUUGGCUUUUUCUUUUCCUGCGGGCAGGGUUUGGUCACUGGUUCUUCGUCUUUUGUCGGUUGCACGCGUCCCGCCCUCCCCGGUGCUUCCCCACUCCUCGGAUCUAGCCCUGUGGGCAUUAACGUCAGUUCUCUCACCCCGCCGUGAGCCCCUCCCGGUCCUCGGGCGGGCCUGGCACGGAGGCGGUAACUAUGGAGAACAUGGCGGAGGAGGAGCUGCUACCCCUGCAGGAGGCAGCGGCCCAGGUCCCGACCCCAGCCCCGGACUCGGCUCGGGUCCCAGCUCCCGCCCCAGAUUCGGCUCCAGCCUCGGCUCCGACUCCGGCCUCUGCUCCAGCCCCAGCCCUUGCCCUGGCCCAGGCUCCGGCCCUGUCCCCGUCCCUAGCCUCUGCCCCUGAGGAGGAUGAAAGCAACAGUCUAGUUAGUCCUUCCAACUCAAUUGUAACUAGGCAAGAUGAAGAUGGUGUUUCUGAAAUAGAUUUGAAAAUUAAGGAGAAAGUAACAAAGGUUGUUGAAGAACCUCCUAGCAACUUGGACUCAUCUAAUUUAACAAAAGAGAGACACAUCUCAAUUCAAAGGCAGCUUGGUGAUCUGGAGAAGUUAGCUUUUGUAACUGAAGGGGAUUUUGAUUCUGCCAAUUCAUUGAACUCAGAUAAUCUUGAUACAGGAAACAAACAAGUUUGUCCAUUGUGCCCUAAGGAAAAAUUCAGAGCUUGUAAUAGUCAUAAGCUUCGUCGUCAUCUUCAGAAUUUACACUGGAAAGUCUCAGUUGAAUUUGAAGGUUAUAGGAUGUGCAUCUGUCACUUACCGUGUCGACCAGUAAAACCAAAUAUUAUUGGAGAACAGAUAUUCAGUAAAAUGGGAGCCCAUUAUCAUUGUAUCAUUUGUUCAGCAACAAUCACCAGAAGGACUGAUAUGCUAGGACACGUUAGGCGCCAUGUGAAUAAAGGAGAGACUAAGUCCAGGUAUAUUGCUGCUUCUACUGCUAAACCAUGUACUGAAAUUUUGAAAGAAACAGACACAGAUGUACAAGUUUGUCCUAACUAUUCUAUACCUCAGAAAACAGAUUCCUAUUUUAAUCCCAAAAUGAAACUAAAUCGACAGCUGAUAUUCUGCACAUUGGCUGCUUUGGCUAAGGAACGAAAACCUCUGGAAUGUCUAGAUGCCUUUGGAGCGACUGGAAUAAUGGGAUUACAGUGGGCAAAGCACCUUGGAAAUGCAGUCAAAGUUACAAUUAAUGACUUGAAUGAAAACUCUGUGACAUUGAUUCAGGAAAACUGCCAUUUAAACAAAUUGAAAGUGGUGGUAGACAGUAAGGAAAAGAAAGAGGGUGAUGAUAUUCUUGAAGAAGGAGAAGAAAAUCUUGGUAAUAUUAAGGUGACCAAAAUGGAUGCCAAUGUACUGAUGCAUUUAAGAUCUUUUGAUUUCAUACACCUAGACCCUUUUGGAACAUCAGUAAACUAUCUAGAUUCUGCAUUCAGAAAUAUAAGGAACCUUGGCAUAGUAUCAGUGACAUCUACAGAUAUCAGUUCCUUGUAUGCCAAGGCACAACACGUUGCCCGACGUCACUAUGGAUGUAACAUUGUUCGAACUGAGUAUUACAAGGAAUUAGCUGCCAGAAUUGUCGUAGCCGCAGUGGCGAGAGCUUCAGCCCGAUGCAACAAAGGCAUAGAAGUACUAUUUGCAGUGGCUCUGGAACAUUUUGUUUUGGUGGUGGUGAGAGUUUUGAGGGGGCCUACCUCAGCUGAUGAAACAGCGAAGAAGAUUCAGUACCUAAUCCAUUGUCAGUGGUGUGAAGAAAGAAUUUUUCAGAAGGAUGGUAAUAUGGUAGAAGAAAACCCAUAUAGACAGCUACCCUGUAACUGUCAUGGAAGCAUGCCUGGAAAGACAGCAAUAGAACUUGGACCUCUGUGGUCAAGUUCCCUUUUCAAUACUGGAUUCCUCAAAAGGAUGUUGUUUGAAUCUCUUCACCAUGGUUUGGAUGAAAUUCAGACUCUAAUAAAGACCUUAAUCUUUGAAUCAGAAUGUACCCCUCAAAGUCAAUUUUCAGUUCAUGCAUCUUCAAAUCCUAACAAGCAAGAAGAAAAUGGUGUAUUUAUUAAAACUACAGAUGAUGUCACAACAGAUUACAUUGCACAAGGAAAGAGAAGAAGUAAUGAGAUAAUUACAAAUUUAGCCAAGAAGCAGAAGACUGAUGUCAGUACUGAACAUCCUCCCUUUUAUUAUAACAUCCACAGACACAGCAUUAAAGGAAUGAACAUGCCCAAGUUGAAAAAGUUUUUGUGCUAUCUUUCUCAAGCAGGCUUUCGAGUCAGCCGAACUCACUUUGACCCAAUGGGUGUUCGUACAGAUGCACCUCUGAUGCAGUUUAAAUCUAUUCUUUUAAAAUAUAGCACCCCCACUUACACUGGAGGACAGUCAGAAGGCAAUGUCCAAUCAGCAUCUGAAGAUACAGUAGCUGAUAGGGUUGAAAUGUCAGUGAAUGACAAAGCAGAAGCAAGUGGCUGUAGAAGAUGGUAACUGUAGAGUUUAUUCUCAGGUGUCUGUAUAAAUGAUCUAACAUUUCUCUAUACCAACUGUAGUUCUUUUCUAUUCUUCCAAUUCAGUGGUGUAAAAAUAAAAAACAGUGCUGCUUUCAUUCAGAAAAUUAGCAGUUUCUAACUUAGCUGGUUUGGGGAGCCUUGCUUUUCAAGUUUUUCUUAUUUUAAAGAAAAUUUAAAAUUAUAUUAAUGGAAACAUUUUAUAUAAAGCCAAGUUUCUGACUGAGGAUCACCCUACUGUUUAAUAGGUUUACAUACCUAGUAUUGGGAAUUUAUGUACAUUGUAGAAGCUGUCCUUUUUGUGCUGAGGCUCAAACCCAGGGCCCCAAACAAACACUCUACUACUGAGAAACACCACAGCUCCUUCCCCCUACUCCACCCCCGCAAGAGAAAGGGUCUUGCUGUGUUGCCCAGGCUGGAUGGGGACCCCUGGGCUCAAGUGAUCCUCCUGCCUCAGUCUCCUGAGUAGCUGGGACUACCACCAUGCCUGGCUUAUCCUUUACCAUUCUUAAAUGACAUCUCUGCUUAAACUGAUUAUCAUGUUUAUAUUUUUCCACAUAUCGUAUACAAAAUGAAGCUGAAACCUUUUAUAUACUAAGACAAUCCUAAAUAAAAUAGGAGGUUCUCAUAUAUUUCAUGAAUAUAAAACUAAAAUAUUUUCCGAUUUUUAAGAAAUCAUACUUCUGUACACAGUCAUCUUUUAAAUUACUAGCUUUGGAGAAAUUAAAUACUUGCCUGAGAAAGAAAUACAUUUUCUUACAAGAUAUAAUCUAUAUGACUCAACUUCAGAGAAAGAUUUUUGUUAAAAUAAAUUGAGACCAUUCUAACAUAAGUACCUACCUAAAUCCUAAUGAGGAGAGAUUUUGUUAUAAAUUAAACAAGUUGGGUGAUCUCAAGUACCUCAGUUAAUGCAUGUAUACUAUUCAUUCACUUAGUUGUACUACCAUUCAGAAAUAAAACUCUUUUUUAGUUUUGGUGUUGGUUUUUUCAA